GCUAGUGGUAGUUGCAUUUACCAGUUUCGCUAUAAAUUAGAUUGUCCAAAAGCUCAUUAUAAUUUACACCCCCAAAAUAUAUUAUAUUAUAAAAAAAAUCUUCAAUUCAAACAAAUAAAAAUUUAUAAAUUAAUUAAUUAAUAAAUAGAAUGAGAAAGAUUAACAAAUAUAUAUAUAUAUAUUUAAUGUAGAUGCUUCAGUCCCUUUCACUCUGUCCUUACUUGUCUUCAUCGAUCAUCAUCUCUCUAUUUCACACUCAAUAUUUAGUUGCAUGCAUGCUUCUUCAUUUUUCUUUUGUUUCUUGAUGAUCUCGACACUUUCAUUGUUUUUUCAUUAAUUUUCUCUUUUUGGGUCCUUUUCUCUCUUCCACACUUUCCCACUAUCCAAACAAACAAAACAAAUUACCAAAAUGAUGAUGAAUACUAUGAAAGAUGCUACUUUGUCUGCCACAUCUGAUUACUUUUUCGACGACGAUAAUGAAUACUUCGGUUCCAAUGAUCAUAUCAACAACUUACCUUCUGGAGACGAUCUUUUUAGUAUCCUCGACAGCUUAGAGCCCGAUUUUCCUCCAUUGGAAGAAUGUACAAAGCUCCAAAGCAAACAAAAUCAAACGAAAUCAUCUACAACCAAAAAAAGAGCCCUAGUUUCUCAAGACUCAUUAUCUUCAGAAACCGAACUUGACCUUUUGCCAAACAGCAAAAAGUCAAAAGUUUCCAUGACCGCAGCCGCUGCAGCUGCGACUGAGGAUGAAACCACAGAAGGACAAGGGAAUAAGAUGUCUCACAUAGCAAUUGAGAGAAACCGCAGAAAACAAAUGAAUGAGAAUUUGUCUGUUUUGCGUUCUCUCAUGCCUUGCUUCUACGUCAAGCGAGGAGACCAAGCAUCAAUUAUUGGUGGAGUAGUGGACUACAUCACCGAGUUGCAACAAGUGUUACAGUCAUUAGAGGCCAAAAAACAAAGGAAAUUUUACAGUGAAGUGUUGAGCCCUAGACUGGUUUCAAGUAGUCCAAGAGGUUCACCAAUGAUUCUAAGCCCAAAACCACCACUAAGCCCUCGACUAAUGAGCUUACCAAAUAGCCCAAGAACACCUCAGUCAAUAAGUAGCCCAUACAUACCACCAAGGCUCCAACUUCAACAACAACAACAAACUUCCUAUCUUAGUAAUGAACCCUCUCCAACUGCAUCCUCUGCUUCAUCCAAUUUUAAUACUAAUGAUCUUUUUGCCAAUUCCAAAUCUGCCCUUGCUGACGUGGAGGUCAAAUUUUCUGGAUCGAAUGUUCUUCUAAAGACUGUAUCUCCUAAGAUUCCAGGACAAGCAGUGAAGAUAAUUGCUGCUCUUGAAGACCUUUCACUACAAAUUCUUAAAAUCAAUAUCAACACCCUCGAUGACACCAUGCUUAAUUAUUCCUUCACCAUUAAGAUUGGGAUUGAAUGUCAACUAAGUGCGGAGGAGCUAGCACAACAAAUCCAGCAAACAUUCUCCUAAUUAUAAAUUAAUUAAUAAUACAUUUUUUUCAAUAAUAAUAUUCUCCAGCUGAUCUAACUAGCUAGAUCACUUUAAUCAUGAUCUUUCAUUUUCUUUUUAUUAUUAUGCUUAAUUAUUAAUUAGUUGUAAUAUAAGAAGGGGAGCAUGUACUAGUACUAGAGCAGCCAUUUUAUUUUUAUAACAUAUUUUCAUU